AUGGAGGGCGAUCAUCAUUCUCGCAAGCGCAGACAUGCUCAUGAGCACGGAAAUGGACAUGUAGACUCGCGAAAACACCACAAGCAUUACAAUAACCAUAGCGCAAGUCCAAGACAUGAUCGAAUAUAUUCUCCAAAAAGAUCCGUGGAACAAAGACAACCACUCGCAAUUAGAGAUCAAAACGAACUGUCUGCGGACAAAGAUUAUGUUCGCAACUGGCUUGCGCAGACUCAAAAUGAGUACAUCAUCGAACCGCCAAAACAAUUCAACGCUGAAAUAGACUCAGGCCGCCAACAGAAGAGAUCAAAGAAUUUGGGUUAUGGUCAUACAGGAUAUAGACCCGGGGAGAGUAGAAGCAUUGUAGAUCCGAGGCCGAAGUCCUAUGAAGAGCACGCAUCAUCUGAUAGUUCCUUGCUCGAAGCUUCACGGAUGCAGGUGGUAGAUAAACGAACUGAAAUCCCUCAAAAGUCAAACACCGCCAACCGUGGUCAUGUCGAGGAAACAACUCGAUUUCACAAACAUGAAAGGAAUGUGUCGUCAACCAUAACUUCUUUCUCGUCCAGAUCUUCUGUGGUGCAGCCAAAACAAGAAACAUUUGAGAAAAGAGCGCGCCAUAAGACGAGAGAGGAUCGUUAUGACACAAAAAGGAAAAGCAAUAAAGCUGAAGCUGUAGACAAGCCAAUCAGAACAAGGCGCGAGAGGAGAGGAGACCGGACAAAAGCUGCAAGAAAGGCUAGCAAGGAUCUUAUGAGCAAUUUUGCAUCGAACAAGAUAGGCAAAGACCGUUUAACAGUACGCCCUUCAAAUGGCCCGGGUAUCUUUCAAAAUGGCAGAGCUUCUUCUCCGCCGAGACGCCGAGGACUACCCGACCUCGCUUUCUCGGAAAUGGAAUUCCUUCAACGCUCUGGCAGAAAGUCGCAGGUCAACGAUUCUAUUGUGGUUCCUAAAAGUCGUGUCAAGGAAAAGAAAAAGGCUGCGCGAGCGCAAGAUGAGAUAGCAGAAUUCUUCAAACCGUCCAAGACCCCAGUAAGGGACAAUAGUCCUACUAUCGACCGUCCCACUUCUCCAACUUCAGCAUGUGAAGUCCCUUUAUAUGAGAGACAACUGAGGAUGGACCGCGAGGAUGAUCGAUAUCAGUACUACAAAGAGAACUCGGCGGCUCGUAUUGAUGAGAAAAGAAGUCAUUUGAUGGAUUCUGGCAAUCAGCAAGUACAUUCCAAUGAAUUGCAGUUCCCUGAGAAAAUUACUCCUAAACUUCACUCCGAGGACAUCAGCAAUCACAAGGUGCAUUCCAAGACUACAGAUACCAUUGUGACAUGGUCAGAGACCCAGUAUUCUCCUGGCGCUACUAUGGCCUUACGUCGAGCAAGAGAACAGUGUCUACAGAGGCAAAUGAGUGCAACGCCGGACUCAAUACGAAAUUCUAUUGAAAGAACGGGUAUAUUCAAGGACACAGGUAUUGAGAGUUCAAGUCGAUGGAAGUCGAAUAUCGAAGAGCCUAUGAAUGAUGAAUUGCAUGGGCCAGGAGGGAAAGAUAUCACAUCGACCAUAAACAGUCUAGUCGAGGCGAGCAGAGAGUUUUCUAGCUUGGGCACAGAUUCUGCCAUCAAUUCCAAUCAGACUGGUCGACUUUCGAAUUUCCAGCAACCAGAUUGCUUGCCUCAACUUCCGUCGCACAUGCAAAAGAAAAUUGAGGAACCGUUUCUGAAAGGAAGUAAUCCGGUUACGGUAGAGGCUCGCGACAAGGGACUCCGUAGAACUGUCAUUGAGUAUUAUGAUCCAAAUCGUGGCUGGUAUCGGGUGGAAGAGUCUGGAACACCUUCCAGAUCACCAGAAAAUCAUGCAAAGCCAACGACUGCACUUACAACAACACCACUUACCCGACAACAAAUGGCACGUAACGCUAAAAUUAAACGCCCAUCAACUACCCUCCCAGUGAUUCGGGAAGCUAGCCACGAAAGUCGAGAAAAAUCCCAUUCGUCGAUGUCUAGUAUCUCAGGAAAAGAGAUACAGCGAACAGAAUCUGCUCCUGUUCAGCCAUCAAGCGGGAAGAGAGAUAUGAGGAGAAAUAAAUCCCCUACGAAUGACAGUGAGCGACUAGAGAAUGUCAUAGUUGAGCCACGAGUAUCCGAAAAGAUGUUUCCGCAGACGAAUUCCCAAUUUCAGAAUGACAAACAGAGCCGAUCUGGUGGACCAGGAGAAAACACCAGUAAUAUCAGCAGAAAGCCGCUUUCCCAGACUGAAAUGGCGGAUGAAGAGGAAAAGCCGCCUUCCGAGGUAAAAAUGGCAAAUGUGAAUGGCAGAGCAUUUACACCUUUAAGGACAACCUCACACAUCAAUCCAAGUAGGGAUCAUUUCCAACUCUCAACUCAGCCUGGAAGAGAACACGAAAUUCAUCAUGGUCUUUCAAGGCAGUAUUUUUCACCUACCCCGCGUUCACCCCUCAUUCGAGUCCCGUCACUUUAUGUUCAUCAAAUGGAACUGGAGCGGGAGGAAGAUCAGAUCACGAAUGAUAUUUCAAAUGAAACCCUUGACCAAUAUGGACUCUACGAAGUGCAAGAAGCUCAAUACGGCAUAGAAGGGUAUGAAGAAAACUGGGAUGAUAUAGAAACGGAACAGAGAAUGACUUACGGUGUGGAAGACGUCCUUGAGAUGGGUGAUCUCCGUGAGCUUGGGCCUCAAGAAGAAAACAUGUAUCAGGAGUCAAUAUCAAGAUACGAGAUGGCCGGACCUCGCUACGAUAUCGAUUUCCGAACGAAUGAUUACCAAUUUCAAGAUGUUCGAAGGACAGAAUACAACCCUUGGGCUAGUGACAAUCAUUUGUUUCAGGAAUCUUGGAUUGGGAAUCGGCAAGACAUACAACAACAAUGUGAAAUUGAGUAUCAUGGUGAUCAAUUAGUCCGACCUUCGUUUCCUUCAUACCGGGAACUAGAUGAAGGCCAGGACGGGAAUGCUCCGGAGACUAUUUCAAUGCAGAGAUUUUGGCGACCAAAUCCUCAAUAUUGA